AUGGCGUCUUUCAUAGUGUCGGCAUAUAAAUACAUUUUUCGUAGGAAGAAGACGAAAUGGCUUGAUAUUGAAGAUUUCAAUACCGACAAUCCAGGCGAGGAAAACAAGCUCAUGUUCCAGGCCUUUGAGUGGUUUGUGCCUAAUGACAAGAAACAUUGGCAACGGCUGCAGGCAGCCCUACCAAGUCUAAAGGCGAUCGGAGUGACUAGCAUCUGGCUUCCUCCGGGAUGUAAAGCCAUGCAUCCAUCCGGAAAUGGCUAUGAUAUCUAUGACCUUUACGACCUAGGCGAGUUCAAUCAGAAAGGGACAAAAGCGACCAAGUGGGGCACUAAGGAAGAGCUUGUUUCUCUUGUGACCAAAGCGCAUGAGAUGGAAAUUGCAGUUUAUUGGGAUGCUGUGCUUAAUCAUAAGGCUGCGGCUGAUUAUGUAGAGAAAUGCGUUGCAGUCAUGGUUGACCCGAAAGAUUUAGAUCGGAGGAGAGUCAUCAGUGAGCCUCAGGAAAUAGAAGCCUGGUCGGGCUUUUCGUUUCCUGGUCGGGGAAACCAGUAUAGCAAAAUGAAAUACCAUUCUGAACAUUUUACUGGUGUUGAUUAUGAUGCCCACACUGGUCGAAAUGGGAUUUUCAAAAUAUUAGGUCCCAAAAACAAAGACUGGGCACGCGAUGUCAGCAACGAAAAUGGAAACUAUGACUAUUUAAUGUUUGCGGAUCUAGACCAUUCGAACCCGGAAGUUCGAGAAGACAUUAAGAGAUGGAUAGAAUGGCUUGGUGACCAGCUGCAUAUUUCUGGCCUAAGAUUUGACGCCGCAAAGCACUACUCAGCUGGAUUUUUGCGAGACUUCAUCAUCCAUAUUCAACAAACUGUUGGCGCUGGUUGGUUUUUUGUAGCUGAAUAUUGGAAAGCAGAAGUCUGGGAGCUUUUAAAUUACCUGGGACGAAUGGGUUAUCUCGUGUCGUUAUUUGAUGCGCCAUUGGUCCAUCAAUUUUCUUACAUUUCAACCACUGAAGGCGCUGAUUUGCGCAGAGUUUUCGAGGGAAGUUUGGUGAAGUAUAAGCAGAAACAUGCUGUGACGUUUGUCAUGAACCAUGAUACGCAACCAUCCCAAUCACUCGAGGUACCAAUAGCGGAAUUCUUCAAGCCACUCGCUUACUCCCUAAUUCUCCUCCGCAGGGAAGGCUACCCCUGCCUGUUCUACGGUGACUUGUAUGGCCUUUGCGGCGGCUGCGAAGGCAUUCUUAGGCCGUCAUGUAAUGGCCAACUGGCUAAUCUCUCGCUUGCUCGGAAGCUGUACGCGUAUGGUCAACAGCGGGAUUAUUUCAAUAAAAGGAAUUGCAUUGCCACCAAAACCCCACACCAAGUUCCCAGUAGCAUCACAGUUAACAUGUCUUUGUCAGGGUUUGUCCGCAUGGGCGACUCAGCCCACCCUCAUGGCCUCGCUUGCGUGCUCAGUAACGGCCCUGCAGAUACGAAGCGCAUGAACGUAGGAAAGUCACAUGCGGGCAGUGUAUGGACAGAGGUUUACGGGAGCUGUCGCUCGAAAGUAACGAUAGAUCGCCGCGGGUAUGGGAUUUUUGGUGUCGUUUCGUAUAGCGUGAGCGUUUGGGUCCGAGAGGACGCCACUGGGAGGGACAGUUUUGGGAAGUUGUAUGUGGAUUUUCUUUUCGUUUCCAUUUUCCCUCUCCUUAACUAA